UCCGGCCGGCUUGCCCCAGCUUCAUAAAUACCAGUGCAUCCUUUACUAGUCAUAGGAGUCGUCCCGGUAGGGAAGAAAACGACAACGCCAGCGGCAGCAUCCUUCACCACAACAUUGGCUGCAGAUCCUGAUUCCAGCCCCAAAGGCAAACGGAGCAGACAACAAAGAAGUCCCAAGCCUGCAGAGCGCGCUCUGACGAGAGCUGUCCACCGGCACCGCAGCCCUGCCGCCUCUUCUCUCUGAACUUUGGAGCAGCUGCAAUUUGGUCGCUGCACCAAUUCUGAGCAUCUUUCUCUAAGUACCUUUAACUUCCUUGGCUGUUCCUCUUCCUCUCCUGUUCCCUUCUUUGUUUAACCCCAAUUUCAUGCUUUUCUCCUCAAUCCCCCAAAUUUCUCUGGAUCCACAUCUCCAGCUCCUGUGACACUUUUAACUUCUCUCCCACACACAUCCGCAUAUACACACCCACACUACUUUCCAUCUCAUCUACUCACACUACUUCUGUCCCUAGAAGCCAUGAGUUCGCCCAUAAAGAAAGUCCCCUAUGUUGCUGCUUUCAUGAAGCAAAUCAGUGGGCUCAGACAGCCUCCUCGACCUGUCACAUCCGCCGCGUGCGGCCCCCAGCCUCCCGAGGUGCCACCGAUGUGCCCUCUGAUGGUAUCCAGUGAGGUGCAGACCGCAUCUGCCCUGCCAGGUCCAACCAACUGGCCCCUCCUGGGCAGUCUGCUGGAAAUCCUCUGGAAGGGGGGUCUGAAGAAACAGCAUGAUACUCUGGCAGAGUACCAUAAGAAGUUUGGCAAGAUUUUCCGCAUGAAAUUGGGCUCCUUCGACUCUGUCCACCUAGGCUCUCCGUGCCUGCUGGAGGCACUCUACCGCAAGGAGAGCAGGUACCCCCAGCGACUGGAAAUCAAACCCUGGAAAGCCUAUCGCGAUUAUCGCAACGAGAGCUAUGGGCUGCUGAUUCUGGAAGGGAAAGACUGGCAGAGAGUAAGGAGUGUCUUUCAAAAAAAGCUCAUGAAACCCACAGAAAUUAUGAAGCUGGAUGAGAAAAUCAAUGAGGUCUUAGUGGACUUUAUGAAAAGAAUAGAUGAUCUCUGUAAUGAAAAUGGCCAAAUUGAAAACUUGUACAAUGAACUGAACAAAUGGUCAUUUGAAAGUAUUUGCCUAAUAUUGUAUGAAAAGAGAUUUGGACUGCUACAGGACAAUGUCAGUGAGGAUGCUUUGAACUUCAUUACAUCCAUCAAAACAAUGAUGAGCACUUUUGGAAAGAUGAUGGUGACUCCAGUAGAGCUUCACAAAACCCUGAACACCAAGGUCUGGCAGAUGCACACUCAGGCUUGGGACAACAUUUUUAAAUCAGUCAAAUUAUGCAUCAAUAAUCGAUUGGAAAAACACUUAGAAAAUCCCAGUGAGGAUUUUCUUUGUGAUAUUUAUUACCAGAAUCAGCUUUCCAAAAAGGAACUAAUUGCGGCUGUUACAGAGCUCCAGCUAGGUGGAGUAGAAACGAUAGCUAACAGUUUAUUGUGGGUUCUGUAUAACUUAUCUCGAAAUCCCCGGGUGCAAAAGAAGCUUCUUGAGGAAAUAGAGAGAGUUUUGCCCAAUCAACGGACACCCAAUGCAGAGGACUUGAAAAAUCUGCCUUAUUUAAAAGCCUGCCUGAAAGAAUCAAUGAGGUUAACGCCAUCUAUACCAUUUACAACUAGAACUCUUGACCAAGAUAUAGUUCUUGGAGACUAUGCACUACCCAAGGGGACAGUUUUAAUGUUAAACACUCAGUUCUUGGGAUCCAAUGAAGAAAAUUUUGAAGACUGGAGUCAGUAUAGACCAGAACGCUGGCUUCAGGAAAAGAAGAAAAUCCAUCCUUUUGCUCACCUUCCAUUUGGCGUUGGGAAGAGGAUGUGCAUUGGGCGACGCUUAGCUGAACUCCAGUUGCAUUUAGCUCUUUGCUGGAUUGUACAAAAAUAUGACAUUGUAGCCUUAGACAACAAGCCAGUGGAAGUGCUGCAUCUGGGCAUUCUGGUCCCCAACCGGGAACUUCCCAUAGCUUUCUUGGCUCGAUGAGGUUCUUCAGGUUCUCCACCAAGUGUCAAGAAUAGCAUUUUUUUGGCUUAUGCUCAAGAUUGGUGUUCACACUACUAGAUGACCAAUGGAAAGACUACUUUUCAAGAGUGGCAGAUGGCAUCCAAGGACAUUUCAUCCUCACAUUGAAUGGAUAUUCUUUUCUCUCAUAUGGUCUUUUUAAUACCUCUAGUUUAUAUAUGAAUGAUAGUAUUUAUUUUUACUAUGACCAACUCAGGAAAUUGUAUUGAAUGCUGGAAUACAGGGUAUUUUAUCUCUAUAUCAGGUCAGUAGUGAUUAAAAGCAAUUUUUAUUGUUUAAAGGUGCUCUGACUUGAAUUCAUUCUGGUCUUAACUUGGUGAUUAGUGAGUCAACUUUUCUAUCUAAUACUAGGAAUUCUCUUGUGACCUGGAAAAGGAGGAUGAAAGGUCAUGAGAAUACCAGAUAGAAGAUGGCAACUAUUUUUGCCUUACCUUAGGGGGAUCUUGAACUUCAGAUGGGUGAAUCUGGGACAUCUCCCUGCCCUGAAGACACUAUAUGUAACUCACAACUGAAGAGCAAGUCAUAUCUGGGACAAAAAAAAACUAUUAUUAAAUCCAUGAACUAAAACUCAGUUUUCCCUUUUAUUGUAAAUAUACUGCUUCAAUAUUUCAAGGACUCAUAAUUUCAUUUGUGUGGAAACUACAACACUGAUUACAACCUCUCUGUUCUUUAGAAGACAGUAUGUGUGAAUUUCUGGUCAUGGGGUAGAAGUGAGGGUAGAAUCUCUCAUCCAGAGUCCAAAAUUUUGAGAAUGAGGCUUUCUGAAUUUAGCUAGAUUUAUCCUUUCAUGAUAGACAAAAUUUAGAAGAUAAUCAUUGAAUAAAUUAAUCAAUACAAAAAGGUUCUGAAUUAAAGGGUCAGCCCCCAUGAGUGUACUGAGUAAGUCUAUCUCUCUCCUGAUAAAUUUAAGGAUAGUUAGAAAUGUUUUGAAAAAUAUUUUCAUAUAUCUUUAACCAAUUCAGAAAUUAUUAUUUUAAACAGAUAAUUCACCUUAAAAGCCUAAUUGGAAAAAUCAUGAAUUUGCUAAUUGCUCUUCUUUUUUGCUUUGUGGUUUGUAACCCUAGGGAAAGAUACAACUUUUGGGGGGGGGAGUGUAUAAGCCAAGAAAUUAAACUUAUUUGUUUAAAAUAAAAAUCACUUUUUCCUUUGAGUUAUUUUUAUAAUAAUGAUAUUAUUUCAUUUAGGGUUCUGUCAGAUUGAAGGGAGAGCUUGGAUCUUGUUUCAGCCCAAAAAGGUUUAAUUCAUGACUAUAGGAAAUAAUCUAAUUUCCUUUAAUUUCCCCUUUUAUACAAUGAGACUUUAGUAGGUCCUGUAGCCUAAAUAAUAAUUUUCAAACUUUUUUGUUCAUUUAUUAUAUUUUAUUUUGAGAACUACCAAUGCAUUCAUUAUGAGAGUCAAAAGAUUUAUACAUUCUCUCAAAAAUGCAUGUGUAUGCUCCUUAUAAUUCCCUAUACUUUUCGAAGAAAGUUAUGCGAUCCCAUGACACACUUUGAAAACUACUGUAUUUAAGGAUUAUACUGAAAUUUAAUUAUGCUACAUUUCUUUGGUGCUUUUGAACUCUUCAAAAGAAAUGAGAUUAUAAAGUACAAAAUAUCUAUUGUACACAUAGUACAAAGUAAGCCAACUUUACUUAUUUAUAUUUAUAUGCUAUUUAUAUAAGCUCCCACUAUUAGUUUUUCCUUUAAACAUAUUGACAUUUAAUAAAAUUUGCAUUUUUAGUAAAUGACAUACCCUGAACUAUCAAAAAUGCAAAAUUUUCACAUCCAUGAACUUGCACAUACUAUAAAUGUAACUCUGUGUUUUCUCUGCAAUGACAACAUAUUAUUUUCAUAAUUACAAUUAUACUUGUACUAUCCAAAAAUGCUUUUGUUUAUCAUCUUUGGCCUCUUGGGAAGGACUGUAAUAAAAAUGAAGUUUUAAAAUA